AAUUAUCCUGCGUCAAACAAUUAAGUCCUAUGGGUAAGUUCCUGAAAGAGUAAGUCAAGGAAGAAGCAUAAUGGCACUGAAGUUACAGAGUGGUGGAAGAAAGGCCAUGGAUGGUGCAUGGAAUCCCAUCAUUCCCUUGCACAGCUCUGCUUUGUCCCAUUUAUUGAUCUAAAUCUUCUCUCUUCUCACUACCCACCAUUCGUCUUCAAGCUGCUGAACAUCACCAUGAACAAGCAAAAGUUGUCACUAAGAGAGAGAGAGAGAGAGAGAGAGAGAGAGAGAGAGAGAGCGCAUAGCACAGCACUUGAAUUCAGAGGGCCCUCCUCCUUCCACCCUCUGUUCUUGGUCCCCAGCUUGGAGCUAAAGAUUGUGCUGCCCCUCCCCCACUCCACCCACCCCAACAUGAGGAUGCAGCACCAAGAGGAGUUGAAAAGGCAGCCACCGAUCUCACAACAGUAGGCAGUCCAGGAAGAGGAGAGCAAUGAAUGGAACUCAUGAGGCUUGUGUUCCGAAUUCCAUGACCUCCUCCUCCUUUCUGCCACUAAACAACGCAACAUGGCAGAUUCCUCAUCAUCCUUUCUCCCCCCACAGCAGACAUCCAUCAUUGUCCUCCAGCCAUCCCUUUCAGGGCAGCAGGCCACCCCAUUACCAUCUCCUUAAUUCCACCUCCCACAGCUCGCCUCCAUCCACCACCGCCACCACCAUGAGACCUUCUUCCGACGCCGUCCGCAGCUUCUUCUCCUUUCUCUCCUCCGGCCUCGAUGAGCUCGACCGCUGCCUCGCGUCGAACGCCUUCAUGUCUCUCCAUGUCCUGCAGCGAGCCGUCGCCCUCCUCCGAUCCCUUAACUCCCAGCUCGUCAGCCUGGUGCAGAAGCUCCGCCUGCCCCCCGGCGAGAGAUGGCUCGAUGAGUACAUGGACGAAAGUUCCCUCCUUUGGGAUGUCUGCCAUGUGAUCAAGCUCGGCAUCUCAGGCAUGGAGAGUUACAACUCCCAUGGAGCUCACGUGGUCUCUUCCCUGGAAGAGUGGCGCCGGAAUCCCAAUCCCCACCUCACCCUACAGGUGACGAGGGCGAUCUCCGUUUGCCGGAGAGAAGCUGUGCGACUGGAAGAGGAGAACAGGGUGCUGGUGGAGACAAAAACCAAUCCAGCUUCGCUCCGGUUCGACGACGAGAGAGUGCUCACGGAUUCCAGGCUCAACGGAUUCAAUGGCUUCAGAGGAGUGCUUUACGCGCUGAGGAACGCGAGCUCGCUCCUCUUGCAGAUCCUGCUGUGGGGAUCAGUCUACUGCAGUCCCGAGCAGGGCGUCUUCCACGGCCCAGCGUGCUCCAGCUCAGCGUACGCGGUCUCAGUGGCACGGCUGCGACAGAGGCUGCACGGCGAGGUGGAGGGACUCGGCGGCCGACCAGGAAUCCUCAUGCACGAGUUCCGGGCGGCGAGGUCGUCGGCCGAAGAACUGCGAGAAGAGAUGGAGAAGGGUGAGACUGAGGGACGCGAGCCGGAGGGCACUGCAGGGAGAGGGAGUGGUCUCAGGGAGAAGGUGGAGCGAUUGAAGGGAUGGCUGGCGACGCUGAGGUCCGGGACCGAGAACCUUGUGGCGCAACUGGAUGACCUGUUUGAUGAGAUUGUGGAGGGCAGGAAGAAGCUACUGGAGAUCUGCAGCCACCAUUAAAGCUCAAAAGCAGGCAGAAGUAGAACCAGAGAGAGGAAAGAAGACGACUUUGGCUGAUAGUCUUCUUCUAGCUAUUGAUUCAUGAAAGAGAAUUACUAGUCCUCCAUGGAAACAGAACAAGAUCAAGUAUAUUGGAAUUUGUAGA